AUGUCAAAAUCUCUGGGAAAUGUAGUCAAUCCGGAUGAGUUGGUAGAAAAAUACGGUGCAGAUGCUUUGCGACUUUAUGAAAUAUUUUUAGGUCCACCCGAACAGACUACCAAAUUUGACCCUAAUGGAGAAAUCGAACACGCUUACCAGGAAAUUAGGAAAGAAAUCACUAACUCACCAGAAAUACAAUUAGUUAAUCCCAGCGUGGUUCGUGUUAUCCAAGAAGGAGGAGAAAUUAGCGAAGAUUUGAAAAAAGCCAAAAUUAUAUUCUUUCCGAUAAAUAAUUCCGAAAACCAUGAAACUUCUGACAGUGGAAAUCAUUGGACUUUAUUAGUUUGCGAUAAGAAAUUAGGUGUAUUUUCAAAUUAUAACUCUUCGGAAUUUACUCUCACUCCGAAAAAUGCCAUGAAAGUAGCAGAAAACUUUCAUGAAAAAGCAACUUUAGAGGCUUGGCCUCUCGUCGUAAAUGAGAAAGAUAUUCCUCGACAAACUAAUGGUGCGGAUUGUGGAGUUUAUGUAAUAGCUUAUGCAAGAGCCUUAAUCGAAAAGUAUAAGGAGGAGGCAAAACUAAUUUUGGGCGAAAAAUAUUUAAUUUUCUCUAUUGCCGAAGAAAGACAAAAGUUAAAAGCGGCUGGUUUUCCUAAAAAAGACACCCCUGGAAAAGAUUAUGAGAUUGGUGAUGACGUUGAAUAUUUGGAAAAUAGAGAAAGUGGUGAACCGUAUGACCAUGCCGAUAAAUUUAAAGAGUUUAGCAAAAAGAUUUUAAAAGCCUGUAGUUUGCCAUUAGCAGAAUACAAAAAAACCAAAUCUUUUAAUGGCAAAGACAAUUUUCGCGAGGACAAAAUAACUGCCGAAGAAA